AUGCAGCGUACAUUGUCAACAGCUACAACAUCCACAAAAAGCCGGCCAGGGUUGACAGCAACAAUACCCAACAGGGCACGGACGACGGCCACAGCUACUACUACUAAAGGGGCCACUGGAGAAGGUGCAACAUUCAACAUCGGAUCGACUACCACCACUACUUUACAGCCGCGUCACACCCAGCCUACGCGAUCCUCCGCUUUGACAGGACUGCUGUCGUCCAAGAAGACUCUAGUUUCACUGUCGACACUUGCAACAACCAAAGUCUCGACUACUACAUCUACAAAAGGCCCCAACCCCUACCGAUUCUCCUUCGGCGAUGCUUCCGACAACCCGUUCCUAGAGCAGCCUCCUCGUGAGCUGUUCAAGGAUGCUGCCCCUACUGUUACCUCCUCCACCCAACAACCUCCUCGGGAAGCAACCUCAAAGCCUCAGGAGCCGAACGGACCACAAGGGCUUGUGCUAACAAGGGUAUUGCCGAUCAACAGUCCAGCUCGAAACUCUGCAGCAGCACCGACACAGGUCCCGCGAGACUCUUCCACAACCAACAAACUGUUGCCCAAGGCUGACUAUGACAACUUUCUGAGCAGGAGCACAUCGCAACGCAAUCCCGACGCGGCGGAGGAACCAGACAGGGAUGCAGGAGGUAUGAGCGACAUUCUCAAGAAAUCUCUCAGGACGACGGCUAUGGACAUUGCAAGAAAGUCUAUCAUGCAUCAUGCAGAUGCUUCACCACGCAAGACCUUCUUGAAGGUCAGCGAGGUUGCGGCCCGCAGCCAUGGUGAACCAUCACUCCACGACUUGCUUGCUGCUACAGAGAAGAAAGAUGAUGGCGAGUCUACACUCAGUCGACCAGCCAUGGCAGAAACGACACAUAGCUUUGGUCAUCCGGAUACGCCUUUUACUUUCGAAUCGACUCCUCUCCCUCCUCUCAACCUAACGACUGCUUCUCAGGAAUCUCGCAUUCGGCAUGGCUUUGAGGAAUCAGAGCAUAGAAUCAGCACACACGACAAGCACGCGGCUGCCCAGGAUGCAGAUGCAGUCGAUUCAAACACGACCCAUGACAGAGAACCAAGUUUCAACCCGAGAGCGAGCAUAGCCAACAGGAUAGCUCCGUACAAGGUUCUAUCGGUGAAUGAGCGCGAGACUAUGCGAUCGAGUCGGGUAACAGGAUUCCGUGCCCGACCCAUGGAUUCCAAGGUGUUUACGAUGGCUGGAGAGUUUGGGGUUCCCAGGAUCGUCAAGCUACCGCUGACGAAACCCGUCUCGCCUGUGUUCAGUAAACGAGUACGAUCUAAGGCGACGGCAACGGAAACAGCAGCUGUACCAAAAUCAACAACAACAACCACCAAGUCGUCUCUUCGUUCAGGACCUGUCAGGACGACGGCAUUUCAGCGACUAGUGAACAUCACCAAACCCAACCAGAGGAAAGACGCAGACCGUGGACGCCAGGCAAGCGGAUCGAAUGAUGGCAAGGGCACUGUGGACACCGACAAGAAGACAAGACAAAGCUCAACAGCAUCGGCAGUGGCCCCUCGCAGUGGUGAUAACGCCAACUCUCACACGACAUCGUCAUUACUGCCUGUAUCUUCAGCGCCGCUGGCACCGCCUGUGCAGGAAUCAGCAACAACAAUAUACCCUCCUACCACCACCGCCCAGAAGCCACUUAGCAUCGGAUCCAGCUCGUUGUUUCGACCUCCAGCGAUGAACUUGUUUCGGAAGACGACGUUGGGACCACCCUUGCGCGGAAACGGACCCAGUACAACUACGGCUCCUGUUACAGCCGCACCACCAGUAGUACGGAUACCAGAAAAAACGACAUCACGAGCUCCUCCGGUGGCCCACUCACGGAAACCCGCGACACAACCAGUACCGUUCAAGUUUGCCACCGAUGAGCUGCGAAAAGACGGACACGGUGCCGCUGCGACAUCUGCUACCGUGGAACCAGCACCAAGACGGGCAGCUGAAAGGACGACGUCAGGAAGAGGCACUGCGGCACCAAUUCUCCACGCGCGGAGACCAUUGACCCAACCGGUGCCGUUCAAAUUCGCGACAGAUGACAUCCUCCGGCGGCGACAUAUUAUGUUUCAAUCAAGAGGACAUUCCAAAUCUGCCGCACCAGUGACAUCCACGGCCACGGCAGUGAAAGAGAAAGCAAGGCCUGCCAACUCUGGAAUCUUUAAACGUCCUCAGCCUCUGAAACGACUAACUAAUCCGGUGCCUUUCCGCUUGGCUACUGAACAUCGUGCAGAAGUCCGACCACCUGUGACGCGACACACUCAUACCCACGAGUCUGCAGCGUUGGCUUCAAUCCGGACACCCCCAAGACGGAGUCGAUUGGCGGGUGUAUUUCCAGUUCCCACAGGACAUCCGUUCAUGACAUCGUCGAUCCAUGUUGAACGACCCUUCGUGCCUACUGUCCCAGUCUCCCCUAAAUUUGGUCGCCGAGUUCCCGUCCCAUCGCUCCGACCCACGCAUUUCGUGUUGAGGAAGAGCACCAAGGAGUUGACCCAACCGCAUGAGUUUCAAUUCCACUCGGAUCAGAGAGCUAAGGAGAGGGAAGAGUAUGAGCGACAGCAGGCUGUUAGGAAACGUGAACAAGAGCUGUUGGAUCUUCAACAGAAAUCAGACAAGAUCCACCAGGCAAAGAGGAUGAGGAUGAGAGAAAGUUUAGAGCGGACAUUCAGAGCUCGUCCGAUCGCUCACUACCAGCCGACCGUUAUCCACAAGGCGAAGCGACCAUUGACGAAACCUGUCAGUCCCAUGAUCGGUGAGAAGCGCAAGCGAUACGAGAUGGAGCAGCAACAUUUGGAGCAGCAGCGAGAGGAAGAAGAAUAUCGCGAGCCACAGCAACAUCUCCAGCAUCUUGAAUACUCUCAGGAUCGACGCGAUGGACACCACAAUGAUUCUCCUUUCAUCUCGUCACCCACCAGAGGCAGUGUCCCUGAUGCGGAGGUCUAUAGGUCGUUUGAGGAGGCCAAGAUUCUUCAGGCUCAGCAACAGGCGCUUCAGCAACAACUUACGGAGCAGGAGAGGAGGCAGGUUGUGUUGGCCAACAGUGCUCGGGCGACUAUUCAUCAGCCGCCUAUUCGACUUUCGUUCCCUAUGGAUCCUGAGACUGAGGCAUUGCAAGAGGCGGAGGAUUUUCAGACUAGUGAUCAUUACCACGGAGAAGAUUUCAGAGAGCAUGAGGCAUUUGAGCAUGAGGAGUCGUCGUCGUCGACGGCGCUAGCGGCACCUCCAACGGCAAGUCGAUCACAUCCACAGCCUUUGCCUCCGGUGAGGGACAGUUUUGGAGGCAGCAACAACCACCGUUUGUCACGGGAGCUUCGCCGCAUUAGUUUGGAGGGUCGUCGGACUAGUGGCGAGAGAGGUAUUCGGUCACGACUGAGCGACAAUUUCAGUCGGCGUAGCGCGAGCAGUGCUGGUUCACGGAAGAGCGGUGGUGAAGCUGUAGCGACUCAACCGUACUAUCCUUUCAACAGGUCCCAGGAACGAACUAGCGCACCGUCGAAUACUACUCUGGGUGGUGUUAGGGCAACAACAGCGGCAGCGAUAACUACCACUGCGCCAGCAACGAACAUCACAACUAGUUCAGCACCAUUUUCAGCGGAGAUGGCAUCCGCCGCAUCAGUAGUGACACCCGCACCGUUACCAACACCAACACCAACGACUACGACCGCUACAACCGCUACAACCGCAACCACAGCUGCAACGACAACACCAUCAGCCCCUGCAGCGACCUAUAGACCUGCCAUCGUGUCCGAACAAGGGAAAGACGAACGCCGUCGCAGGAGUGGGAGCUUUAUCCCAUUAGAGCCAGCAGCCAAGCCCGCCACCGCCUCGCCUUCAAAGUCAUCGAGGCUGUCUCGGCUUUUUGGCGCGCCGCCAGUCUCUGCUGCAACCUCCACUUAUGCAGAUGUCAAGGAUUCUUUUGCAGCCAGGGCUGCUUCGACUGCUUCGACUACUUCGGCGGCAGCAUCUUCAUUGUCGCGGUCCAAGGGACCUGUUGUCAUUGAGCAUUCCCAUACCCUUACAUUGAGCGAUCUUUGA